AUGUGGGGUUUUAGUAGGAUAUUGAAUCAUAAAAUAUCCUCGCCAAGUAAAACACACGGGCGUGGAGACGGACACUUGUUGGCUGCCUCUCAAAAUGCUGUCACCUACCAAAGACGUGGUUUCAGUGACGAUUCGGAGGGCUCAAGAACAGUGAAAGACUUACAGUUAAUGAAGUUCACUCAACUUAUAUGGCCAAACAUCUUCAAAUCCAUUAGAAAUUUUUUCUUCUCCUUUUUAAUACGUCGUUUCGUUGAUGAAGAAUUCACUCUUUCAAGUUUUUUGUGUGGAGCUGAACAGGCAGUGGGAAUAGUGUCAUCCUGCAUAAGCAGAGGUGAUUUCAACUCAUUAAAUGGCUUAGUCACUAGAGAGUUUAGUAAAGCAGUUGAAGAAAUCAAACAGAAUUAUAACCUGCUAACAGAAGGGCAGAAAAAGUUUAUUAUGGUUGACCCUAGAAACAUUUUCCUAAAAUUUGUUUAUGAAAUAGGCAUGAUAUUUGAGGACAAAUCAAACAGAAAGUUCAUAGAAAUCACAACUGUAAUGCAAGGUUAUCAUGGGUUGGAGAGGAUAAAAGAUGAAAAUGUCCGGGACCUUUCCAGUGAAAUGAUAGAAAAUCGGCACAAUCUCUUUGUUUGCAAUUACAGGGAGUUUGCGAGGGACCGCGAAGAUUAUUGGAUUGUCAACAAAUUGAAUCAUUUUUCACCUCAAAAAUCAAACUAA